CAAGGGGUCAAUUAUCUAGAUAAAAGGCCGUUUAAGAUAAAUUUGUUCAAAGAAUAUUCUUUAUAUAAUAGUUAAUAGACCAGUAAACUUGUUCUGUUAACCAAAGUACAAAUAAAGAUGGGUUUCAAGAUCAAUAAUUUUUUGGUGCUGUGCAUUAUUGUUGCUUUGAUCGCAAUUGCAUCGAACGCUUUUGAAAUUAGAGAAAGGAGGGAAGCGCCUGCAACGACAAACCAAAAUACAGCACAAACCAUCGAUGAAUUAAUCGAACAAUUCAAAACUGGAGUUAGCCAACUGGCAGAAAAAGUCAAGGAUAACGACUUGCUGCAAAACAUCACAGCCACCCUCCAAAAGGCCGGCCAAGACCUCACCGCCAAAGCAAACGACUUCAUGAAAAAAGCAGAAACCAAACAAUGAUUUUUUUAAAUAAAACAAUUUACAUUAAAAACUUUGUUUAUUAUCCAUAAAAAUACUGUAAUAAAUACUAUAAAUAA